GAUCAAUGCUUAGUACUACGUGACGACUGGAUCGACAGGGAUCGUAUCCGACCAGAUCAAAGGAGCCAGGAAAGCAACACGGCAUGGAUAAUUGGCAUAACGCCCUUUUAUGGAUGAGUUGGUUUUUUGGGUUGUGUGUUUUGCUAUACGUUUGCACCGUAAGGGCCAGUCUUAAGCAGUGGAAAGGGCGGUUUGGGCAAGCGGUAACAUUGAAGCCGAAUCCAGCAGGAAACUUGCCCGUAUCGGUAUAUGUAAUUGAACCCGACACAAAGCAUGGACCAUGCAUUGUUCAUUUAAAUUACGACAGUUUGUUGAAAGACUCGAAGCCUUCGAAACCGAAACUAGAACUCCUUGAUACCGUUCAGCACGGAAGUACGGUUAAUUUAGUUGGCGAUAUUUGAUAGCAAUUUAUUUAGUGUGAUUUAGUGUUGCAUAGGAUAGUAGUAGUAAUAUUUAACGUAAUAAAAAUUAAACCCGCUUCAACAAUCAUUCCUGCGUGUCGGCGACCUAGACGUUUGCCACCCAACAAGAUCAGCUGUCAUCGUGAACUGUCAUCGCGCGGAAUAACAACGAAGCAAAACAACGAAUAGUGGUGAUUGGUUUUCCCCCGAAAGAGAAGCUGCUAGUUGCUGGCCACUAGCGGUAUACUUCCUAUUCCUACUGAUUAAUGGCUAUGAAGGCUAAAGACUGAUGUAGAGCCGCAAAAGCAGAAAGCUCUGUCGGCUGGAAAUACACGGCCGCUUCAUUAAUGUGUGUUUGGUUGAGUGCGAUUAUUAUACUAUUGCGGUAGCCCACAGAGAGCAUUCGGAAGUUGUGGAGAAGAUAAACCGUUGGUGCAUGCUCAUCAAGCCGGCGCCAGCUUACUGAUUAUCUCUGGCGCAUCCACUCCAUCUGCUGCUGCCGCCUAUGUACGGCGUAAAUCAAUCCGCAAUUAAUUUUUCAUCAUGAUUCAAGGCUACGGCUCGGUCACUCAAGCCCUACUGGGGACGCUUUUAACAUGGGGGUUAACGGCCCUUGGAUCCGGGCUGGUGGUAUUGCUGAGAGGUAAUCAACGGAAAUCGUUGGAUAUAUCUCUUGGCUUCGCAGCCGGCGUCAUGAUUGCAGCCUCGUUUUGGUCCUUACUUGCACCAGCGAUUGAACUGGCCGAAAAUUCGCACAUGUAUGGCAGCAAAGGCGAGUUUGCUUUUAUACCCGUUGCGGUAGGAUUUCUGUUUGGCGCUAUUUUUGUAUACGGUACCGACAAAGUCAUCUCUUACUUGGGCAUUAACAGCCCAACGAUGAUGAUUGCUCUUACCAAUGCCAACAAAGACAAGGCAGAUAUUGCUAUGGAUGAUCAAGUCUCUGCUGAGCAUGGCAAAAGCUCAUACGCUGGAAUGGCACCAAAUCCUGCAGAUCAUUCGUUAGCAAUAGGAAUGGACAGCUUUGCAGACUGCCUUAAUGCACAGCACGGUAGCGUGUCUCGGAAGCGAAGGAAGGGUAGCGCUACGACAUCAGUCAAGGAACAGGCUGUGUACACAAACAACAGCCAAAGUCAGUUAGACGCACAGUUGUCGCAGUGGAAACGAAUUAUGCUGUUGGUGGUAGCGAUUACAGUGCACAACAUACCGGAAGGUUUAGCCGUAGGCGUUAGUUUUGGUGCAAUUGGAACGACCGAGUCGGCCACAUUUGAAGCAGCUCGCAAUCUGGCGAUUGGCAUUGGUAUACAGAAUUUCCCAGAGGGCUUGGCAGUGAGUUUACCGCUACAUGCUGCUGGGUUUAGUUUGGGGAAAAGCUUUUGGUACGGGCAGCUUUCGGGCAUGGUGGAACCUAUAUUUGGAGUGCUCGGGGCAGUUGCUGUCAGUGUCGCCACCAUCAUACUGCCAUAUGCCUUAUCGUUUGCCGCUGGCGCCAUGAUUUACAUAGUAGCCGACGAUAUUCUUCCGGAAGCACAUGCCAGUGACAAUGGACUAAUAGCAACGUGGGGUACGAUCGCAGGCUUCGUAGUAAUGAUGUGUCUAGAUGUGGGGCUUGGAUAAGACGGAUCUGAUGGAGAUGUAGUCUGAGUUUUAUGGGAAUGACUGCGUUCUGGAUGACGGAACGCUGCAUCUGGAUUGAACGAGCCAGUGUCUGCUAAAUGGUACUUGAUUAUAAGUAUUAUAAUGAAUUGUGAAUUAUAUUUUUUGUUACAAUCACUUACUUGAUUAUGGAUCAGUGUAUAGAUUUUAAUUUAAUUUUUUAUCGGCACACUACAAAUCAGAAACAUAGUGCUUAAAUAAACAUCUAAUUAAUGCUGAUAGUAUCGGUAUAAUUUUAA